GUAAGCAAGGCAUGAAGUUGUUUACCAGAAAUCCUAUUCUCGACUGAAUACCAGUCGAAAGCCGUUUGUAUGAUAUCCGAAUGAUGAAUGGGUGUGUAAGGGCUGGAGAGGAUUGUGACACUUGCCGAUGCGUAUUCGUUAUAUUGGCCCGGCCCAUGCAGCCAUCGAAUGGAGUUCGGUUGAUACAAAAGAUAAAUUUCAUCUAAAUUUAUCAUUUUCGUUACAUGAAGCAAUAUGUUCAGACCUAGCGUUAAUAUUAGAUGGCUUGAACACUCAAGUUGGGAAGCUGAACCAGUUGGAGAGGCGUCGUCGAGGUGUCUGUCCCAUCACGUGUCAACGAACUGAAAGCGGUGAUCGUCUAUUGCAACUACCUUUUGGUAUUCUCUUAUUUCUGGUUAGCACUAGGUUCAAGCAUGAGGAAAACGUGUUUGGCUUGGCGUCCACCGACAUCAAUGGCACUGAAUGGAUCAUAUUGCUAUGAGCCAUCGUUUGACAGGAGCGAUCGGGGGAUUGAGCACUUUAUGGAGCA